CUCACCGCUAAGCUAGCUAGCUAGCUCGCAAUGGUCGAUCGGCGGCGGCGAGCGCCGGUGUGUGCCGUCCUUUUGGUUAGUUGACUACCGAAACCGAAGCAGAACGGGUGUAGCGCGAAAGGCGAUCCAACAAUACACCACAGCACAGGUGUGAACCCCGUGUGUGUUCACGCUAAUCAUCAGCGUUCGCAAAACGCCGAACUCUCCGGAUAACAGGGCAAACACACCGUUUGACUGAGUGAGUAGUGAGUGAGCAGCAGCAGCAGUCGCCGGAGCUUACCGGUCGCGGAUUGAAGACUGAACGGGUGACGCCUCCGCGAUUAGUGCGUGUGUGCGUCGUUGAGCCGUAAUUUUGCGUGUCGGCCGAAGAAGUGAAGAUGACAAGCAAUCAGCGCGGUCGGCGUGAAGAAAUGUCACAGUAAAUCCGUUGUGGUGACUGCAUUCUGUGGGCGGUCAAAUUAUUGAAAGUGAUAAAUUUGUCGGCCAACGAGAAGAAACUAGUUUUUUAUUGUUAUAGUUAUUGAACCGGUUGGAACUGGCGGCAACGGUGUUAUCCAAUGGUUGAAGAGUUCUUUGGACUUUGUUUUGCUGCUGGUGUGAUCGACAGUUUUGUUGUGAGUUGGCAGAAGCAGACUACCAAGCGUUUCCAUUAUUCAUGUUUUGCUUCCGACUGCUUCUGAAUAACGAAUAAUCAUUCCACAUCAUCAAUACCAUCAGGAGAACGAAACAAAAGAAAUUAUCCCCGAAGUGGUGUGUGCUCCAGUUUGACCAGCCUGAUCGGUCUGAUUUUUUUUGGACUUGGAUAAUUAGAACUAAACCAGCAACUCCGUCGUCAGCGCCGUCACUUUAAUGGGAAAAAUCACGCCCGAAAAAAGAGGGUCAAGAAACACAAGCUUCCGAAGCACGAAAAGCUCGCUUUAGCCAGGCCGAGUCGGGUCAGUCACUCGGCUCGAAAAGUGGUUCAUUUACAUCUGAAGAACGGGUGGCUAUCGGAACGACAAAUCUGCGGGGCCAGCGGAGAGGGAGCGGAAGGAGAGAAAACCGUGGCAGCGGGUGUUCUCCACCUUCACCACCACCCACCGGGCCAGUGGCAGCUUCAUUGUCAGUAAGCACAGCUCAGUCAGAAUGGCAAUGGUUAACAAGGAAAAUAUACAAAUAGGUGAUAAUGUUGGACCAACGGCCACGGCAGCAGCCGGGCCGGCACUAACACCAGCAACGACGGCACCACUGUCGGCGGCGGUGACGAUUUUCGAGCUGCGAGACGAAAAGUCCCAAAUCGAGAAAUCAGUUCACUCUCAGUCUCAGCCGUCGCCGCAGCAAUCAGCGAAGCUAGGAUUACGCGCGUGGUUCCGCAAAUCCAAUACUUGUGGCAGUUUGUACGUGAAGUGCAGUUGCAGCAGCCCGGGCGGUGAAUCGCAUACCAUCUCCAGAGAGACCGUGUCCAGCGGAAGUCCUGACGGAAGUUCGCAACGCAGCCGUAACAAUCAUUCGCGCAAUAGGCCCAUCUCAACGUCGGAAAAAGAUUUUCGUAAAAUCAAAGUUUUACACGCAUUCGCUCAUCCGGAUACGACCACUCUAUUCACGGAGGAAAACAAAUACGCGCGAAAGUUGGGUGAAUCGCCCACGCGUCCGGUGAUCACUUCCGCACAGGCCGGAGAGUUCGAAGUUCUGCACUCGACACAUUGCAAGCGUCUUUCGACGCCCAACAUCGGUGCAGACUACGCCUUUCAUCCGGAGUUCGUGCUCAAAAAAGUAUCUCCCGGCAACAACGGACUCAAUAGGGACGGUAAAACUCCGUCGAUAUCCAUUCCAUCGGCACCUCGGGGUUGUCUGAAGAAAGGGUCCAAGAGUUUCCCAGGACUGUCCCCCCAUUGUGACAGCAGUGUAGACUCGAUUAUUCGUUCUUUAGCUCACAAUUACUCCACCUCUUCGAGCGUAGACGAAGUCAACGAGGAGGACGACAGCCAAAAUAUUCAAACCAGCGGAAUCGAGGAUCUCAGCAGUUCACAGGAUUCGUAUGUGUCGUUUGCUGCCGAAUCUGACCAGGGACGAAACUCCUUCAGCAAUCGUAACAUUCGUCAGCUUUCCCUCAAGUAUGCUAGUAUCGGUGGCGUUGAUCCGUCAGCGGUCAUCGACGAGGACACUUUAGUACAGGAGAAAAAAAGUAAGAUUUGUGAAAGUGAUAUUCAACAAACGGUGGUAGAGAACAAGAAAAGCAUUCCGAUUCCUGCUAGUGCAACCAGCGUAGAUAAUCGCUGCUUUGGUGAUUGUGUGUGCAAUAGUAUCUGUAAUAGUGGUAGCAGCAGCGGUAGCAGUAGUGGUAGCAGUACUGAAAGCAGUCCACGGAGUGCUCCAUCGCAGGUGCUCGAACGGCAAGCGUCGGUUGGGCCACUAAAGUCCAAACUCGAUCCAUCGGCGCAUGAGUUCUUCAUCCUUUCCGGUAUCCUAGGACCAAUGGGCCAUGGGUCGUCGCUUAUGCGGAAAACUUCCAAGAUCGUGCCGAAUGUUGACGCACCGGUCAAGGAGAAGAUUCGCAGAAACUCCAAGCUCCUGUACGGGAAGCGGACGGUCCUGAGCAACGGGCGGCGCAAAUCGAUCCCGCCGGCCAGCAACUCGGACAGCUUCCAGUCGUACGGCAGCACACCGACGCUGACCAGCGAAAACCGGCUACCGCUAUCGGCAUCGGCGGUGUCAUCGUCGUCCCUCGAGAAGGAAAUCGCCGGUCUGCGGGAGCUGCUGCGAACCCGCGAUGACGAGAUUAGCAAACUGAAGCGCGAGAUCGACAAGCUGAAAAGUGUUCUUCAGCAGACGGCAACCAACAGCUUGAAUCCAGCGCAGCAAGGAAACGCGACGGCGGCAUCCAACGAAAAGGUGCAUCAUGUGGUCGAUGGCGAUCUGCUGUCCAGUAUUCAGGCGAACUACGUUAUGGCCGGCCAGCAGAUGCCCAUGUCCGAGCUGUACGGCAUUUCGGGCAAGGGUUUCAACUUGAACCACAACGGUGGCAGCAAUAGUAGCAUUAAUCGAACCAAAGACGGAAGUUUUAAUAGCAAUACCAAAGGGGCCAUGCUGACGGCAAUGAAGAAGCAAGGCGUUUCCGGCGAAAGUUGCGAGCUGAUGGGCAGCCAUUCUGAUAUUAAAAUUCCCAAAUAUGAAAAGGACUAUAGUGCAAAACAGCUCAUCAAGGAAGCCAUUCUGGAAAAUGACUUCUUCAAAAAUAUCGAUUCGUUGCAAAUACGGGAGAUUGUUGAUUCGAUGUACAGCCGGGAGUAUCGUACCGGGGAGUAUGUGAUACACGAAGGUCAUGCCGGAUCGCACCUGUACGUUUCCGACACCGGAGAGUUCGAAGUGCUGAAGGAUGGUGACCUACUUGGGGUGAUGGGCCCCGGAAAGGCAUUCGGUGAGCUGGCUAUCCUGUACAAUUGCACUCGAACAGCAUCGAUUAGAGUGCUUUGCGACUCCCGGGUAUGGGUACUGGAUCGGCGGGUAUUUCAACAGAUAAUGAUGAGAACUGGCAUGCAGCGGAUAGAGGAGAAUGUUAGCUUUCUGCGGUCGGUGCCUCUGCUCAAGAAUCUUAGUAACGACGUACUUACCAAAAUUGCCGAUGUGUUGGAAGUGGAAUUCUACCCCGGUGGAGCGUACAUCAUUCGCCAGGGAGCCGCCGGCGAUACAUUCUUUCUAAUCAGUCAGGGAACGGUUAAGGUCACGCAGCGUUUGCCGGGCCGCUCCACCGAGGAGGAGAUACGAAUACUCGGCCGGGGGGAGUACUUCGGCGAGAAGGCUCUCAUCAAGGAGGACAAACGUACGGCCAACAUAAUCGCCAUGUCGCCGGGCGUCGAGUGUCUCACGCUGGACCGAGAAUCCUUCACCAAGCACAUCGGGGACCUGUGCGAGCUGCACGAGAAGGACUACGGGGACGCGGAACGGGUGCUGGCAUUCCGUAAUCUGAAAAACAAUCCGCCCGCGUUGGAUGCGAUGAAACCCGAACUGAUGGACGUGGAGAUGACGAACUUGGAAAAAGUGGGGACACUCGGAGUUGGUGGCUUCGGCCGGGUCGAAUUGGUGAAAUUGGAACGCAACGGAACGGUUCAAGUGUACGCACUCAAGUGCAUGAAGAAGAAACAUAUCGUCGAUACCCGACAGGAGGAGCACGUGUACAGUGAGCGGAAAAUAAUGCUGGCAUGUAAUAGUCCGUUUAUUUGUCGUUUGUAUCGAACCUAUCGGGAUGAGAAGUGUGUCUAUAUGCUGCUGGAAGCCUGUCUCGGUGGUGAAGUGUGGACCAUUCUGAGGGAUCGAUCGUAUUUCGAUGAGGGAACGACUAAAUUCAUUGUCGGUUGCGUGCUGAAGGCGUUUGAGUUUUUGCACGCCAGAGGUAUUGUCUAUCGCGAUCUGAAGCCGGAAAACCUUCUUCUGGAUUCGAAGGGUUAUGUGAAGUUGGUUGAUUUUGGCUUCGCAAAAUUCAUCGGUUAUAGCAGCAAGACGUGGACUUUUUGUGGGACACCGGAAUAUGUUGCACCGGAGAUUGUACUGAACAGAGGACAUGACCGUUCAGUGGAUUACUGGGCGCUCGGUGUGUUGAUUCAUGAGCUGCUGACAGGAAUCCCACCAUUUGCGGCCGCCGACCCGAUGAAGACGUACAACAUCAUCCUGAAGGGCAUCGACAUGGUCAACUUCCCGAAGCACAUGUCCCGCUCGGCGAUCAGUCUGAUCAAACGACUCUGCCGGGACGUUCCUUCGGAACGGUUGGGCUACCAGCGCGGUGGAAUUCUGGACAUCAAGAAGCACAAAUGGUUCCAGGGCUUCGACUGGGAGGGCCUGUCCAAUCUGACGCUCAAAUCGCCGCUGCAGCCGAAACUGAAAGGCCCGCUGGACCUGUCCAAUUUCGACGUUUUCCCAGCCGACCCGGAUGUACCGCCGGAUGAGAACUCCGGCUGGGAUGUUGAUUUCUAGAAGUAAAUACUGUUCGAGCUUUCGAGUUGGAUGAAAUGGAAUAAGUGGCCUUAGUGUUGUAGUUGUAAGAUUUGAAAUUUAUCUCUUGUUGUUUUUUGGUAAAGACUAGCUUUAAGAGGAAGUUUAACAUUCAAAAUAGCUUUAUUGUAUGAAGUUUUCUAAGAAUGCUAUUACCGUUAAAGUUAAUGUUUCGUCA